AUGAAGAUGGUUUCAGCUCAUCAGUCGCCGACAUCGCAUGGCCAUGUACAUCCAUCGCCGUCCCCUUCAGUAGGAACUUCGGUCAGCGCCACUCCUGCUGCCGUGCCAGCGUCCAAUAUCCAACACUUCGAGGGCGAUACUUCUCUCAGCGCGUAUACCAGCUCUACCAAUGCCCGCCUGCAACGAGCACUGCGCAAUAGCCAGCUAUUGCAGCAAGACCCGGAUCUCGCUGCUGCUUUGACCUCCUUGAGUCAGAUAGUAUCGACCCAGAACGUCUAUCCUGGAGAACACGACAUCCCAGCCAUUGAGAAAGCCGAGAAGAUUACGCAAAGGUACGACGUGCCUCCUGCAGAGGUAGUAUCGAAAGUACUUCGAGAAUGCGAAGACAUCUACGAUACAGUCAUCGGGCUCUUCUAUCCGGUCAGGCCGUAUAAGGAGAUCGUAGCUCUCUGCAAGGAUCUCUACUUUAAUAUCGAUGAUAUCCCAGUGCCAAGUCUUAUUGUGGCGUUCGGUAGUCUCUACUUCGUUUUCAGGUGCUAUCAGUUCUCAUUCCCCAAAGAUGAUCUACGCCACGAUGAUUUUCAACUGUACACCAAGAUGUUUGUGAGGAACAUGAUGGAUCUAAUCGGUCUCCUUCCGGUUCUUAUGGCGCCUACCCUUGACAACUUGGAAGCUCUGUUACUCGGAGCCUACUAUGCUGUCGAGUCGUCUAACCCUACUUUAUGCUCUGCGCUUAUAUCAAGAGCAGCCCACCUUUGCCUCACUCUUGGUUAUCAUCGUGCAGACUCGAUGCUUAAAGACUCACCCGAGACCCGUGGACGAAAGGUCAACCUUUUCUGGUUUCUCUACACGAUGGACAAAGGCCUUUGUCUUCGUCUUGGUCGUGCAUCAUGUAUACAGGAGUACGACAUUGCAGUUCCCUUACCCUUGUUGCAGGGCGACGAGAACUUCAAAGCCGGCAACGGCCUCAUCCGGUUCAGGUGUAAACUUGCUGGGAUCCAAGGACGUGUAUACGAGGACCUCUAUAGUCCUCGUGCACUGAAACAGCCAAAGUUAUCACGAGCAGCUAAAGCUGAUUCGCUCGUCUUGGACAUUAGACAGAUGUGGGCUGAACAUGACCAGAUUGGGCAUAUACCAGGAGCACCCGAAGAGGCACAUGAAGUUUUCAUGAUAGGCGAUAAGGUUACAUUGUCUACAAUGCUUACACUGAUACUCAGGGCUGUACCAUCAGCCGACAGUCAGUCGCUGUCGUGUAGUCAAGAUUGUCUUGCUGCAGCUAGACAAGCAAUGCAACUUCACCAGACGUGUACGACAAGAUUUGCGACCAUGUCCGACAGAUAUAUCUUCUCCGAGUAUCUUCACUGGACUCUGCUGCAUACACCCUUCACUCCGUUCUUGGUCAUAUUCUGCCACAUCAUCGAGACGCAGUCUACCAGCGAUCUGGCGAUGCUUGGUGGUUUCCUGGAGACUUUACACCCGGCUCGCGGCACAUCUAGUGCCAUUGAGAAGAUGUUCCUUGUUUGUGAUGUGUUCCACCGCGUUGCUAAGCUCUUCAUUGGAGCAGCUGCUAGAAACUCCAGUUUCUCCAACCCUACCACGCCUGACCAGCCGACACAAACUCAACUCAGGAAAGAGCUCGAUCCGUUCAUGACCAGGAUUGGUAUCAAUAGUAGUUACGACGCUGGUUGCAACGGAAACGAUUUCGAUCCCUACACGAACGCGGCUCAAUCGAGCACCACAUACGUGAGCGCUUUUGCCCCUACGGCAAACAUGGGUGAAUGGUUCUCGGAAGACCAACUCAUCACAACUCUACUCGGGAACGAUUUCAAUUUCAUAGAUCCGAACAUAGCGUCUAUGAACACCAGCGGGCAGUUCAUGUAA